AUGGCAAGCAGUGCAGACGAAUUAGCGGCGCCCGCCGCGGCAACUGACGUGCUGUCUGUUGCUGACUUUCAACGCUACCUCCUGGCUACAUGCAUGCCGUUCUUUGGCGAGGGUUUGGCGCUCUCAGUCGACACUUUUAAGGCGGGUCUUGACAGUGCGGAAACGACCAUCACUCUGGCACAAUUUGUCUCCGAUUCAACCACGCGUGUGUUGCAGGUACACUGCUUUCCUGUAUGUGGUAAUGAAGACGAUUCUAUGGACGGAUCGACCAAUCGCGUGCGUGUAAACUUGGGCAUCGAGUACGCGCCCAGUAAGAAGAGCGGACAUGACGUUGUUUGCUUUAUUAAACGCUUCAGUGCGCCAUUGACUAAAGAUCAGACAUUCAAUCAUCAGCUACAGGUCAUGACACUCGGUCUUGGCUCCAAGACGAGCUUGGAUACGACCAACAGCAGUGGGGAAAACACAGAGGAAGAGGACGAAGAUCGCGGCAAUCUGCUCUCUGUUGUGUACAAUUAUGUCCAUCAAUCACUCACUCCAUUGGUUAAUGAGUACUCUAAAGUACACCAGCCACAGAGUGAGAUGACUACUAUGAGUGAAGGCACAAGAGGAUUGCCUGCUAUUCGACGCAGGAUGAAGGAGCUAGAGCUGGCAUUGCUUCAGUAUCAGCAAAAUAUUGAGAUCCCCGAGGUGAAUUUUAUCUUCCAUUCCAUGAUUCAACAAGCUGCCGAUCUCGUUCGUGAGAAAGGGGUGCCGAUUGAUGUGGAAGCAUUAGGCCUUGAGGAAAAAGUGGACGAUGUUGUCUUUGUAAACACGAUUCAGGGAGGAGUUAGCAAGUGGAUUAAAGAGAUUCAGAAAGUGACACGUUUAAUUCAUGAACCACUUCCUGGAACGACAAUGCAGGAGAUUAACUUUUGGUGCGAUCUAAAUCGUGCCCUGCUUGCUGUCCAGAAGAAACUUGAGUCGCCAGAGGUCGAAAUUACGCUUGCGGUGCUACAGCGAGCUAAGCGGUAUCUGGCCACCGUCACAUUUAGUGCUGAUCAUGGUCUUGGCCCAGCCAUUCAGUACGUAUCCAGCGUAAUGACGCUGAUGAAAGAGUUUCCGAUGAACUCGAUACUGUCCGCCACGGAUAUCAACCAGCUUAACCAAGGGGUAACCCUUGUCUUUACCCACUUGAAGAAAAUACGUGUGGCUGAUUCUUACAAUCUGUCGCGGCUCCUGCGUUUAGUGGAAGUCAUGUCUAGUGACCUAACUCAGCAGGUUCUCAGUUUGCUUCGCGUGUACAGCCUCAUUCAAGUCCCCUUUAACCAGUUCGAACAGCUUAUUUCUUCGUGCAAGGAGCUUUUUACGAAUUGGCAUCGCCAGGUUGCUACACUCUAUGAUCUUACGAAGGAGCUGUUUAAACGACGAGGUGGAUCAAUUAAUAUUGAAAAGUUACCAUUGCUCUCUGAGCUACAGAUGGAGCACGCCGCCAUUGAAGAGCGAUUGCUCGAAUUGUACGAGUUCCGAGAGCAGCACGAAAAGCUGUGUGAUGUGAUUCGGAGAGUGCUAGGUGGUCCCAACUCUAUUGAACUCGACGUGUCACGCGGAGGUGAUGGCUUUACCGACGCAUUUACUGAAAUUAAUGCUGCCUACUCGCAAUUAAACUCGCUCAAUCCUCUUGAUGUUUCUGGCGAAGGUGUGACUGCGUGGAAGAACUUGCGCAAGGCCUACGAUCUGUGCAUCGAUCGCGUCGAAGGUCGUAUUAUCAGCAGCCUUACCAGCCGGUUGAGUGCUACGUCAAAUGCUGAUGAGAUGUUCCGCGUGUUCUCCAAGUACAACGCGCUGUUCUUCCGUCCUCGUAUUCGCAGUGCAGUUCAGCAAUUUCAAAUGCAGCUGAUUGAAAAUGUCAAAGAGGACGUGAGCAAUCUACAGGCAAAGUUUCGUGCUCACUAUGCCUACUCAGAGGCGUCACGCACCAGCAAACUGCGUGACAUUCCUCCUAUUGCCGGUGCUGUGAUGUGGGCGAAACAAAUCGAGCGCAAGCUGAAAAUGCUACUGUCACGAGUUGAAAGCGUUCUCGGUGUUGGGUGGGAACAACACAUGGAAGGCAAGGCGCUUAAAGCAGCGACCAAGGCAUUUAUUGUAAAACUCAAUCCCCAGCUUAUCUUCGAUCAAUGGGUGAAUGAUUUGGCGUCAAUGCCGAUUUUUGACAUCAAAAAUAUUAUUCUGAACAUUGUCACGGAGAACACGUCACAAGGGGAAACGAAGAAGUUGGUAGUAGCGUUCAACCAGCAAAUCGUGACGUUGUUCAAGGAAGUGCGUAACCUGGAGUGGUUGGGCUGCCGAGUUCCUUUCACGCUUAAAAUGAUUGCGGAAGACGCAAAAUCAAAAUACCCGUUUGCAAUGUCCCUGGACGCCAGCCUCAAGACAUAUACGAGCUCAUGCCGACGUAUUCAGCCGAUUUUUGAAGCUUUGACGGCAGCAUAUGUUCGUGACGUCCGUGCUACCAUCGGAAAAACAUUUUUGAAGGGCAAUGAAAUGAGAUGGCACGCAGAUGGACUGGGCGAAUAUGUUACUGACCUUGCAACCAAAGUAGAGCGCUUGCACGACAAGGUGGAUGACUUGCUGGAUAAGACCAAUGCUAUUGACACUCUGCUGGAAACUAUUCGUGCUAGUUCAGACUUCGAGGCUGAAGCAGUCCAUGCGGUUUUAGUGAAAGUGCAAGCGCAUGUUGACGAGCUGAGCUUGGCCGGAUAUGCGAAUUUGCAUGUGUUUGUGAAGAAUUUGAACGGUUUGAUCAGUACAAUUUUGGGCAAGAAGCUCGAGGUGCUGUUACAGCGAUGGGUUGAUUGCUUUGGCCCUCAGCCUGAUGAAAAAUUGUUCCAAGCUGCUCUUGUCGAGGCCGGGCUUACCGUAUCGACUCAUCAGAUUCUGCUAAAGAACCAAGUGCUGUAUUUGGAGCCUUCAGUUGGUGAUGCUCGACGGGAUUGGCUGGCUCAGCUUCAAAUCUUGCUGAACUCUGCGUGCAACCUGCCGAAGAUUCAAACGUCAUCGUACGAAAAUGUGUAUGGAAAGUCGACGGUGUCAGGCCUAUCGUCAUCGACCCUCAAAAGCGCCAGCUCUAGACGAAGAGAGCGUGUGUUCAAGGAAGUGCUGAAGCAAGUGCCUUUAGAUCUUUUAGUUCAAGCAUACAGUGUACUGGAUGUAACUGUAUGUGAUGUGGAGAAAUAUGCGUCAACAUGGCUUCAGUACCAAGCAUUAUGGGAUAUGGACGCCCAGACUGCCUUGAACAGUGUUGGAGAGGACCUUCGAAAAUGGCAGCAAAUUCUGGUUGCGAUAAAGAAUGAGCGUAAUGGAUUUGAUGCUGUCUUUAACACGAAGCGAUUCGGUCCCGUGGUAAUUAACUACCAACAAGUGCAAGCCCAGGUGAACGUGAAAUAUGACGCUUGGCACAACGAGUUCCUUGCGUACUUCGGUGAUCUUCUUCGUGACCAGAUUAACUCGUUCUAUUCAACAAUCUCAUCAAAGCGGACGCUUCUGGAACAGCAUGCACUCGAAGCAGCCACCGCGCAAGUUGUUGCUGCGAUCACGUUAAUCCAAGAGAUGCGUCAGAUGCGCUUUCGGUGGGAAGAAGCUGUAGAGUCAUUCGAACAGGGAGAGCGCUUGCUUAAAAAACAGCGAUACCGGUUCUCAGCAGAUUGGCCGUCGCUUGCAAAUGUGGAAGGAGAGUGGGAAGCUUUUAUUCAGUUGCUUGAGCGCAAGACUGCUGCGAUGGAAAGUCAACUCCCCCAACUGCAGGCGAAGAUCAUGGAAGAGAAGAGCGCAUUGGACAGUAAGAUUACAAAGGCUGUGGCUGAGUGGGACGACACAAAGCCGUUGCAAGGCGAUCAAUCGGCUAAGGCGGCCACAGAAUUACUAAUCAUCUAUGACACUCGUUUCAAGCUGUUGCAUGCUGAACAAGACAAAACAAAUGCUGCGCUGGACGCUUUGAACAUUUCCCAUGUAUCGGGAAUGGGAGGCUCAUCAGUUGUCGAUAACCGCAGCUCGUCCGGUGAUCUUUCAAGAGCCAUGGAGGAGUUAUCUGGGUUGGAUGAGGUCUGGAAAAGCAUAUCAAAGGUCUGGGCCCGUGUUGACGAGCUGCAAGACACGCUGUGGUCUGCAGUCCACCCCCGCAAAGUGCGGAAGCAGCUCGAUGAAAUUGUUGAUGAAAUGCGCCGCUUCCCUUCUCGGGUGCAACAGUAUGAAGCCUUUGAGCAUUACGCAUCUAUUAUCCAGUCUCAUAAGUCUAUGAAUUCCUUGCUGUCGGAAUUGAAAUCGGAUGCUGUUCGUGACCGCCACUGGAAACAGAUCCUACAACUGCUAAAUAUUUCAUCUCCGUUCACAGAGCUGACCUUGCGCAGUUUCUGGGAAUCGAAGCUAUCUGCCAAUGAUAACGAGCUAAAGACGAUCAUUCGUACGGCUCAAGGUGAAAUGGCACUUGAUGAGUUCUUACGCCAAGUGUCGGACUACUGGACCAACUAUCAGCUGGACUUGGUCAAUUACCAAAAUCGAUGUCGAGUCAUUCGUGGUUGGGACGAGGUGUUUGCCAAGCUUGAUGAGCACCUCAACAGUUUAAGCAGUAUGAAGCAGUCGCCGUACUAUCGCGUAUUUACUGAGCUAGCUACCAGCUGGGAAGACAAACUAACUAAGAUUCGUAGUAUUCUGGACUUCUGGAUUGAUGUCCAAAGACGAUGGGUGUACCUCGAAGGCAUCUUUUUCGGGUCGGCAGAUAUUAAACAACAAUUGCCGAAGGAGUUUGCGCGAUUUCAAAGCGUUGACAACGAGUUCACUUCGACAAUGAAGCGUGUUGCACACAAACCAAUGAUAGUUGAUGUUGCCAACAUUCCAAAUUUGUAUCAUUCGCUUGAGCGUCAGCAAGACAUGAUGGGUAACGUCCAACGCGCCCUCGGUGAAUAUUUGGAGCGCCAACGAGCUGCUUUUCCUCGCUUCUACUUUGUGGGUGAUGAAGACUUGCUGGAGAUGAUUGGCAACAGUAAGGAGCCGAUGCAGAUUCAGCGUCACCUGUCAAAGAUGUUUGCUGGAAUAUCUUCACUUGAAAUGGACAGCAGUACUAGCGUUAUUGUUGGAAUGGCUUCACGUGAAGGUGAGGUCGUGCGGUUUAAGGAACCCGUUAAGACAGCCGAAGAUACCCGCAUUAAUGUUUGGCUAGGUAAGGUAGAGGAACAGAUGCGUAAAACACUAUCGCUACUUUUGGAGGAAGCUGUACAUUCCUGUCCGACAGAAGAAAGUGCCGAUUCGUAUCUGAAGUGGGUGUCAGAGUUCCCGGCUCAGGUGGUCAUUCUUGCUACCCAAGUGCAGUGGUCGAACGAUGUCGAAAGCGUCUUGAAGACCGGUGGUGAUACGCUGUCGAUGGUCGUGGAGCAGUUGGAUAGGUUGCUACUCAUUUUGAGUGAGCGCGUUCUUACGGAUGUGAAGAACGAUGUCCGGAAAAAGUAUGAACAGCUAAUUACUGAACUUGUGCAUCAGAAAAGUGUAACCAAACGCUUGAGUCAGGCCAAGGUUAGCAGCGCAGAGGAUUUUCGCUGGCUGUAUCACAUGCGCCAUUACUUUCAAGCUAAGGAAUUGAAUCCACUCAAGAAGCUUACCAUCCAGAUUUCAAACGCAAGCUUUUCUUAUGGAUUUGAGUACUUUGGUGUUGGAGAGAGGCUUGUGCAAACUCCUCUUACAGAACGUUGCUACCUCACACUGACUCAGGCGUUGGACUUCGGAAUGGGUGGAAACCCAUUCGGUCCUGCGGGCACGGGCAAAACAGAGUCGGUUAAAGCCUUGGGAUCGCAUCUUGGCCGUUUUGUGCUGGUCUUCAACUGUGAUGAGCACUUCGAUUUUCAAGCGAUGGGGCGCAUUUUUGUGGGCCUGUGCCAAGUUGGCGCUUGGGGUUGUUUUGACGAGUUCAACCGCCUCGAAGAGCGUGUGCUUUCUGCCGUCUCCCAGCAAAUUUUGGCAAUUCAAAGUGGAGUGUCAUCAUUGAUGGUCAAGAAGGCUUCUGGUACCUCGCAGAUAGUAACGAGUGCCAGAAGUCCCAAUGCUACCAUCGAGUUGCUCGGUAAGAGUGUGAAGCUGAAUCCGGAUGUGGGUAUUUUUGUGACGAUGAACCCAGGCUACGCUGGGCGAUCGAAUCUACCGGAUAACUUAAAGCAACUUUUCCGGAGCAUUGCAAUGGUUGCUCCUGAUCGCGAGUUGAUCGCGCAGGUGAUGCUAUUCUCCCAAGGUAUUACCACAGCUGAGCAAAUUUCUGCAAAGGUUGUGCUUUUGUUCAACCUUUGUGGAGACCAACUUUCGAAGCAGCCUCACUACGAUUUCGGACUUCGCGCAUUGAAGAGUGUUCUUGUGAGCGCUGGUCAGCUCAAGCGAAAGAUCACCCAAGCACAAGAUAGCUCGGCAUCAGCAAACAUUGAGGAGCUGGAAACGAAGGCACUGAUUGGCUCCAUUACUGAUACAAUUUUGCCCAAGUUAGUUUCAAACGAUGUGCCUGUGUUUGAAACGCUAUUGAAGGGGGUAUUUCCAGGCACGGAGGCCCACCGCAUUGAAGACGACAAUCUUCGUGCAAAGAUCGUAGAACUAGCAACGAAAGCCAAUUACGUUGCAAAUGAGCAAUGGGUCGAAAAGGCUCUGCAACUGUACCAGGUUAUGCAACUACGCCACGGUGUGAUGCUUGUUGGUGCGUCGGGGACAGGAAAAUCGAGUGCAUGGCGCAUUCUGAUGGAUGCCAUGGAAUUUAUUGAUGGUGUAAGAGGCGAAGCAUACGUAAUUGACCCGAAGGCUCUUUCAAAGGAGCAUCUCUACGGUGUUCUUGAUAACACGACGCUGGAGUGGACGGACGGUGUGUUCACGCAUUUGCUCCGUCAGGUGCUUAAUAGCGUACGAGGCGAAAGUGAAAAGCGACACUGGAUCAUUUUUGACGGUGACGUAGAUCCCGAAUGGGCUGAGAACUUGAACUCUGUGCUAGACGAUAACCGAUUGCUGACGCUUCCGUCUGGAGAACGUCUUGAGAUUCCACCGAAUGUGUGGAUCAUGAUGGAAACGGAGACGCUGCGUUACGCAACACUGGCUACUGUCAGUCGUUGUGGCAUGGUUUGGUUUUCGCAUGAUACGGUCAAGACAUGCCACAUCGUCGAGCACUAUCUGCUAAAGAUGCGGGAUGACGUGUCUGUCGUAUCAUCAUUCUCUCUGCAGCCUAGCGAAAGUGAGCUGGCAAAAAAGACUGCUCAUACCUACGUUGUUACCCUCCGAAAUCUGAUUGAUCGUGGAAGUGACAUGCCCUCAUUGAUCGAGGUUUGUUUAGAGCAUGCGUUGGGUCAAACGCACAUCAUGGAAGCCACGGCGCUGCGUUUGCUAAUGUCGAUGUUUACGUUGCUCGGAAGGGGGUUGUCUCGCAUCAACGAGUACAACGAAGGUCAUUCUGAUUUUCCGAUGACAGCUGAACUGAUGUCCCGCUUUGUACCGAAGUGGUUUGUAUUUUCGAUUCUUUGGGGUUUCGGUGGCUCGAUGGACUCUGUCUAUCGCAUCGACCUCUGCGAAUUUGUUGUGCAAACGCUCGAAAAUCGCUUGGAGUUUCCUUUGUCCGGGUCACCGGGCAACACUCUGCUCGAGUACGAAGUUAAUAUCGAUGAUGGUGAAUGGCGCCAGUGGUUACGAUCAAUUCCACAAUUGGAUCUUGAGAGUCACCAGGUGCUGUCGACGGAUGUUGUUGUAACUACGGUGGAUACGAUUCGUCAUGUCGAAGUACUACGAGGGUGGCUCUCGCAACAUCGGCCGCUCAUUCUUUGUGGCCCCCCUGGCAGUGGUAAGACGAUGACUCUGUCCUCGACCAUCAACUCACUUCCCGAGUUCGAGUUUGCAAGCCUCAAUUUCUCGUCUGGAACUUUACCUGAGCUUAUUUUGAAGACAUUCUCUCAGUACUGUGAGUACAAACGUACUCCCAAUGGAAUGUUGCUGACACCGAAUGCACCAGAAAAAUGGCUGGUUGUAUUUUGUGAUGAAAUCAAUCUUCCUGAGGCUGACAUAUACGGAACACAACGCGUGAUCACGUUCUUGAGGCAAUUAAUUGAGCAAGGUGGCUUUUGGUUAGGUGGUAAGAACACAUGGGUCCGGUUGGAGCGUAUUCAGUUUGUUGGUGCUUGCAACCCACCAACAGAUCCUGGUCGUGUGCCAAUUUCACUGCGUUUAAUGCGCCAUGCGCCUAUUCUGUUGGUUGAUUUUCCGUCCUAUCCUUCACUCAAGCAGAUUUAUGGAACAUUCAACCGUGCUUUGCUAAAGCUUACCCCAUCGCUUCGAUCGUAUGUGCAACCGCUUACUGAUGCGAUGGUUGACGUGUACGAUAGCAACCAGAAGAAAUACACGGCGGAGAUGCAACCACAUUACGUCUACAGUCCCCGAGAGCUGUCGAGAUGGAUGCGUGCGCUAUACGAAGCCAUUGAACCAUUGGAAUACGAAAUAGACAUCGAAACGCUGGUCAAACUGGUCUUUCAUGAGGCACUACGACUUUUCAUGGAUCGUUUAGUGACAUCUGAAGAGCAAAAGUGGUGUUUCCACAUGGUAAAGGAGACUCUGAGAAACCAUUUCCCUCAGAGUGCUACAGCUUUAGAGGUGGUGGAAUAUGGAGGUCAACACCCAAUUUUGUUCAGUACAUGGCUCUCAAAGAACUACACGGAAGUCACGACGACUGAUCUCCGUAAACAUGUUGAAGCCCGCUUGCGCGUCUUCUACGAGGAAGAACUAAACGUUCAGCUGGUGGUUUUUGAUUCUGUGAUCGACCAUGUUCUUCGCAUUGAUCGCGUUCUUCGUCAACCGCUCGGCCACUUGUUGCUUGUUGGUGAAAGUGGCGCAGGCAAGACCGUUCUUUCUCGCUUUGUUAGCUGGAUGAACGGCAUGUCUGUGUUUCAGAUCAAGCUAACGUCAAAUUAUACUCUAGAUAACUUUGACGAUGACCUUCGCGUUGUACUUAAGAGAUGUGGUUGCGAAGCUGAAAAGAUUUGCUUCAUCUUUGACGAGUCAAAUGUGCUUGAUUCCGCUUUCUUGGAGCGUAUGAAUGCUUUACUGGCUUCUGGUGAAGUGCCAGGUCUGUUCGAAGAUGAUGAAUACACGUCACUCAUGCAUGCUUGCCGUGAAGCUGUGCAACGGGAUGGGGUGAUUGUGGAAAAUACCGAGGACGAGUUGUUUCGGUACUUUACCAAACAAGUGCAGCGUAAUCUGCACGUGGUAUUCACAAUGAAUCCAGCUUCGGGCGACUUUCAAAACCGUACUAAUACAUCCCCCGCUCUCUUUAAUCGGUGCGUAGUGGAUUGGUUUGGUACAUGGAACGAUCACGCGCUAGCACAGGUGGCGUACGAGUUUACAAACACACUAGACCUUGCUGGGUCUACUGACUACGUCAUUCUUGAUGAUGCUGCGGAAGUCUUGGCGAAACUGGUUCCACAUAUUGCUACAGGAACGUUCCAUGAUGUACUGGUCGGAAGUAUCGUUCAGUUUCACCACGCUGUCCUGCUACACAUGCGUCGUCUUCAAAAACGUCAUAUGAAAUACAAUCACAUAUCCCCUCGAGACUAUCUGGAAUUCAUUUGCCACUUUGUGUCGCUAUAUUCCGAAAAGCGUGCCCAGGUGGAAGAUCAGCAACUUCACUUGAAUGUUGGCGUUCAGAAACUGCAGGCUACUCGCGAGCAAGUGGCGGAGCUACAAGGUCAGCUCAGCCUUAAAGAGAAGGAGCUCAAGAAAAAAGAUGUGGAAGCAAACGAAAAGCUCCAGCAAAUGGUGCAGGAGCAAAAUGAGGCACAAGAAAAAAAGAAAGUUACAGAGGCACUUGCUGUUGAUCUUGCAAGCAAGGACGAACAGAUACGCUCGCGGAAAAAGGUUGUCGAGGCCGAUCUUGCUCAAGCUGAACCUGCGCUUUUAGAUGCCCAAGCGUCUGUGAACUCGAUUCGUAAGGCACAGCUCGAUGAAAUUCGUGCACUGGCACGGCCUCCUGCUGCCGUCCGAAUGACCAUGGAGGCAGUUGCAGUGAUGCUUGGUGAGUCGAGUCUGGAAUGGGCUGACUUACGUCGCUUCAUCCGAAAAGACGACUUCAUUUCGCAGGUUGUAAACUUUGACUCCGAGAAGCUGACGGCUCGGCAGAGACACACCAUUCAAGUCAAUUACGUCGACAAGACUGACGAGUUCGAUUAUGAAAAGGUCAAUCGUGCAUCAAAGGCGUGUGGCCCGUUGUACAAGUGGGUUGUCUCACAGCUUAGUUACACAAACAUCCUGCAUAAGAUCCAACCGUUACGAGACGAGGUGCAGACUCUGAUCGACACGUCAUCUGAUCUACGUGCGAGAUACGAGCAGGCCAAAACGACCAUCGAUGCGCUUGAGAUUCGGAUCGAAAACUUCAAGCACGAAUAUGCGGCAUUGAUUAACGAGGCGCAAAUGAUCACAAACGACAUGACGUCCGUGUCCAAGAAGGUGGAGCGUUCCGUUGCACUGCUGAAGAGUCUGCUGCAAGAGAGUGAGCGAUGGGAGGCUGGCUCCAACGACUUUGGAACCCAGAUGAAGACGCUUGUAGGGGACACAUUAUUAUCCUCUGCUUUCCUCACAUAUAUCGGUUUCCUUGAUUUCCAGCAGAGAAAAAUCUUGAUUCAGGAUUGGCGCGACAUUUUGGAAUUGAUGGGCAUCAGUACGAAACCGCAGUUGAGCUUUGUAGAUUAUCUGUCGCGUCCAAACGAGCAGUUGGAGUGGCAGAUGAGCGACUUGCCCUCGGAUGAGUUGUGCUAUGAGAACGCUAUCAUUCUGCAGCGCUUCCACCGCUUCCCGCUGAUUAUUGAUCCAUCUGGACAAGCGAACAAUUUUAUCAUGAAGUACUAUAGUCUCAAGACAAACACAAAAAUUGCGCAGACUUCGUUCCUGGACAGCUCGUUCAUGAAGGUGCUGGCCAGUGCUAUUCGCUUUGGCACUGCCCUUUUGGUUCACGAGGUGGAAAACAUCGAUCCAAUAUUGAAUCCUGUGUUGAACCGAGAACUCUACAAAACGGGUGGUCGCGUUUUAAUUCGCCUCGCAGGAGAGGAAAUUGAUUACUCACCGGACUUUCGACUUUUCUUAAUUACACGAGAUCCAUCGUGCCGUUUCUCACCCGAUAUUUGCAGUCGUGUGACUUUUGUCAAUUUCACAGUCACUCCGAGCUCCUUGGAAAGUCAGGGACUGAGCAUCCUUCUCAAGAGUGAACAGCCCGAAGCAGAGAAAAAGCGCAAUAAUCUUCUGAAAUUGCAGGGUGAAUACCAAGCAAAGCUGCGCGAAUUGGAGGAUUCUUUGUUGCAGCAAAUUAAUAAUGUUCAGGGCAACAUUCUAGACGACGAUCGUGUCAUCAAUGCUUUGGAGAGUAUGAAAGCAGAGGCUGCCCAGAUCUCGCAGCAAGUGGCAGAAACGGAAUCGACGAUGGCAAUCGUAGAGGCAGCAACAAGCCGCUACCGUCCACUUGCAAAGGCAAGCUCACAAUUGUUCUUUGCACUGGAGAACUUGUCGUCGGUCCACUUCCUGUAUCAGUACUCGCUCGACUUUUUCUUGUCACUGUUGUCCAAGGUAUUGUCUCAGCCGACUGAAGGAGGAGAAUCGGCACGCCUUGCUAGUAUUUCUACUGAGCUUUUCGUACAGCUUGCUAGACUCGUGAGCAGAGGUCUUGCUGAAAAUGACAAGCUGAUGUUUGCACUCCGUCUGUCACAAAUUUACUUGGAGCUCGAGCAGCAAAGUGGAGUAGUCGCUGAAGUUAAGGCUACUAUGGAUGAUAGUGCUGGGUUUGAUGGGCCUACUGAUGAGGAUGUGGACAUGCUGCUUGGAAACUCAUUAACUUUCUUCAAAGGUGAUAGCAACGCCGAACAGCGGAGCGAGCUCGAGCAAUUGCUGCCAGCCUUUUCGAAGACUGACAUUGACCAGUUGUUGAAAAUGAUAAAGUUGCCGACAUUUAAGCACUUGGAGACGCACAUACGUGAGCAUGCUGCUGAAUGGAAUACCUUUAUCAGGACCCCAUCGGCUGAGGAGGCUCUUCCAGCUGAUUGGGACACGCAGUACGCUGCAGCUUUGGCAAGUCCUCGUCUGGCCGCGUUCAGAAACAUGAUUGUUAUCCACUUCUUACGGCCCGAUCGGAUUAUGUUUGCAUCAGAGCGAUACAUCGACCUAGUGUUCACGGCGUCAUUUCCAUGGCGUGGUGAGAUCGAACUCUCUAAGAACGUAGAAGAAGAUACUAAGGCAGCACGUGGCGUGCUUUUGUGCUCAACGACGGGGUUCGACCCAAGUGCGCAGAUUGACGACCUUGCUGCUGCCCAGCAGAAGAAGUACAAUUCCGUGUCCAUGGGUUCAUCCGAGGGUUUCGAUGCGGCAGAAAAGGGUCUGAAUACGGCAUUGAAGCACGGCUCCUGGCUGUUACUUCGCAAUGUACAUUUGUGCCCGUCAUGGCUUGUAAGUGUGGAGAAGAAGCUCUAUAACGCUCGCGAGAGUGUUCACCCGAACUUUCGCCUGUUCUUGACAAGCGAGAUCAACCCCAACUUGCCGGUGAAUCUCGUCCGCAUGUGCGACAUCUUUGUAUUUGAGCCACCCAGUGGCAUGAAGUUAAGUAUGGUGCGAUCGCUUGAUACAGUGGCAGCUGAGCGCAUGAAUCACUCACCGGCUGAACGUGCUCGGUUGUACCUGCUGCUUGCGUGGUUCCAUGCGCUAGUGCAUGAACGUCUGCGCUUCGUACCAAUAGGCUGGUCUAAAACGUACGAGUUCAGUCAGUCUGACUUCCGUGGCGCUUGCGAUGUGAUCGACCGCUGGAUGGACUCGGUGGCCGGUGGCCGUGCCCACGUUGCUCCUGACAACAUUCCAUGGACAGCGAUCCGAACUACGCUGAAGGAGUCCGUGUACGGUGGCCGCGUGGACAACACGUUCGACCAGGAGCUGAUGGAUACGCUUUUGGCGCAUGUUUUCACGGCAGCCAGCUACGAGAAUACCUUUGAGCUUGUUGCUCCUGGUGAAGGCAAUGAUGCUGGAGUAGUGAUCGCUCAGGGAAAAACUAAGGCGCAGUUCAUGGAAUGGAUCCUUGCCCUUCCCACCACAAAUCCACCUUCAUGGAUGGGCCUUCCACGCUCAGCGGAAACAAUGGUGCUUAUCAGCCAAGGUACGCGCAUGCUGCGUAAUUUGCAGAUAAUGCAAGACUUUUAUGGAAGUGAAGGCGGAGAUGAUACUGCUGAUGCAGGGGAAGAGAGCAAGAUGGUCCUGGGCACUGCUGCUGCAGAUGGCGACGAUGUGCGCCCCAAGUGGGUGCAGGAUCUAGACCGACGCGUCGGUGUGUGGCUCGAGCUGUUCCCUGCGGAGGGACUUUCUGUGCCUGCUGCGCAGGAUCCCGUGCACUUCGGCAACCCCGUCUAUCGCUGCAUGUUCCGUGAGCUGGAACUUGGAGCACAAUAUCUGGGCACCGUGGGUGGUUUACUACGUACAGUGCAGCAGGUAUGUGCUUACAAGGCCAAGCCUUCAAAUGAAACUCGAGAAGCCAUGCGUACGCUUUUCCGAGAGCAGGUGCCUGAGCAAUGGAAACAACUGUACCGCGUCUCGAAUGAGCUUAGUUUGAGUGAGUGGCUUACGGACUUCUCUCGACGCGUGCGCCAGCUAAAGGAGUUAGCACAGCUUGCUCCGGCAGAUAUUCUGCAGAAGCCUAGUGGCAUCUGGUUGGGUGGAUUCUUCUCGCCUGAGGCUUUCGUGACGGCCGCUCGUCAAAACGCUGCAGCGGAUCUUGGAUGCUCGUUGGAUGAACUACAUCUACUUGCCCAUGUGGAAGAUCCAUCGGGCUCAUCAGCUGGUGGUUUUGCCGCUUGUGGACUUCUGCUUGAGGGUGCUACUUGGAACUUCACUGGCUUUGCGCCGUCAAAUGAAAUCCGCAAUAGCUUGUCGGUGUUAUACCUUCGUUGGGCUCCUGGGGUUAUGGAAACAGAUAAGCUUCGACAGCUUCCGGUGUACUCGAACAGUAAGCGUGAAACUCUGGUGUUUUCCGUGGCGGUAAAUGCAGAACAUUCUGCAUUUCCCAAAACACAGUGGGUGCAGCGAUCGGUGGCACUUGUGCUCUGGGAGUUGCAGGCCUAG